AUGCUUUCGUUAUUUGAGUCUUCUAAGUUGGCAGUUGGGCUGACGGCCCUCGCAGCUGUUGCCAACGCCGCCCACUAUGAAGUUGCCGUGGGUAAGGGGAACAAACUCACCUUUGAACCCGAGACGUUGACGACGCAACUCGGCGACACCGUUACCUAUAAAUUCUUUUCAAAGUUCCAUUCCAUAGCCCAAUCUAAGUUUGAUGAUCCAUGCCACCUUUCGGAGGGAGGACUCUUCUCUGGCUAUGUCCCUACGGAGUCAUCCGAUGUAGCGGCGCCAACAUCCUUCACCAUCACUGUGAACGAUACUAAGCCGCUAUGGCUUUACUGCUCUACCGGAGAACACUGCAAAGCCGGCAUGGUGCACGCCAUCAAUGCGCCAACCAACGGCACCAACACCUUUGACGCCUACAAGUCCGCAGCCCAGAAAGUCUCUACCGCGGCUACCCCGCCUGUGGGAACUCUGCCAGUCGGUGGUAUUCGCAAGACUCACAUCGACGUCGGUGCUUCCAACGGCAGCAUAAUAUUCAGCCCGAACAACAUCACCGAGUUGGUCGGAACGGUGCUCGAGUUUAGCUACAACCCGAAGAACCACUCUAUUGUCCAAUCCUCUUUCGACAAGCCGUGCCAGCCCCUCGAGUCCGGAUUCGCCGCUCCAUUCGUUGCUACAAAACAGGCCCCAUCGGGAGUAACCUUUGAGGUCGAGGUCAAGGACGAGAAGCCGAUCUGGUUCUACUGCGCCCAGACUCUCGGUUCCCACUGCCAAGCCGGUAUGGUUGGAGCUGUUAACGCACCAACUUCGGGCAACAAUACCUUCGACGCCUAUUUGAGCGCGGCUGCCAAAGCCCCGACAUCCGUACAACCGUCUUUCGCACCAUUGAACGGCACCCUCAAGGUUAACGAGACGAUUAUAUAUUAA